GGAGAUGGUUUUGUAGUUCAAGAAUCUCAGCCAGAACCGUUCGGGAGAGGAGGCCAAUUUUUCAAGCAUCAGAAACGGGAUUUAUGCAUAUGGUUUGAAUUUUCCUUGUCUUUACUAUGGGUCUUCCAACACUGGAAUUCAGCGAUUCUUUCUUGGACAGCCCAGACUUCCGAGACCGUUUAAAAUGCCAUGAAAUUGAACUGGAUCGGACGAACAAAUUUAUUAAGGAACUUAUCAAAGAUGGGAACAUGCUUAUCAGCGCUUUGAAGAGUCUGUCUGCAGCUGUGCUGAAGUUCUCUCAGUCUCUGCAAGAGUUCCAGUUCGAGUGCAUUGGAGAUGCGGAGACUGAUGACGAAAUUAAUAUUGCUCAAUCCUUCAAGGAAUUUGCACGGCUACUGACAACAGUGGAGGAAGAGAGAAGACGACUUAUCCAGAAUGCAGACGAUGUUCUGAUCACACCAUUGGAGAAGUUCCGCAAAGAGCAGAUUGGAGCUGUCAAAGAAGGAAAGAAAAAGUUUGACAAAGAAACAGAGAAAUACUACACAGUGUUGGAGAAGCACUUGAAUCUCUCAUCAAAGAAGAAAGAGGCCUUUUUACAAGAGGCAGACGCUACGAUCGGCAGAGAGAGACAAGUCUUCUUUGACGCUUCUCUGGAGUACGUCUUCAAAAUCCAAGAAGUACAGGAGAGAAAGAAAUUUGAAUUUGUUGAACCACUCCUGGCGUUCCUUCAAGGACUCUUCACAUUCUACCAUGAGGGCUACGAGCUGGCCCACGAGUUUGACCCAUACAAGCAGCAGUUGCAAUUCAAUCUUCAGAAUACGAGGAAUAACUUUGAGAGCACGAGGCAGGAAGUGGAGAAGCUGAUGCAGAGGAUUCGCUCGGCCGAGCAGGACUUCAAAGCGCCCGGCCAGUGGACAAUGGAGGGCUUCUUAUACGUCCAGGAAAAAAGGCCUCUGGGCUGCACGUGGAGUCGACACUACUGUACGUACGAGAAGGAGAGCAAGAUGUUCACCAUGAGCAACACAGAGAUCAAGUCAGGGAGCAAACAGAAUGGGCUGGUGAUGAGCGCUCCCGAGAUGUUCAAGCUCAAAUCGUGCAUACGAAGGAGAACCGACUCCAUCGACAAGCGCUUCUGCUUUGACGUCGAAGUGGUGGAGAGAGGACAUAGCACAUGUCAAGGAUUUCUAUACAGUCCCCUGAAGUGUUUCUAUAAAGUGCGGCACGGUGUGAUCACACUUCAGGCCCUGUCCGAAUCCAACCGGCGGCUGUGGAUGGAGGCCAUGGAUGGCAAAGAGCCGAUAUACACCUUACCAGCGCUCCUGAGCAAGAAGGAAGAGACAUUUUUAAACGAGACCGGCUUCAACUUUGUGAAGAAGUGUGUUCAUCUUGUAGAGACGAGAGGCAUAGACAUCAUGGGCUUGUACAGAAUAGGAGGUGUCAACUCCAAAGUACAGAGACUGAUGGUCUCAGUAUUUGCUCCCAAGGCCCCAGUGGAUGUGGAUCUGGAUCCAGACACUUGGGACAACAAGACAAUCACAAGUGGACUGAAGAAUUACCUCAGGUGUCUCUCUGAACCCCUGAUGACCUACAGACUACACAAAGACUUCAUCAUGGCUGUCAAGUCUGAUGACCAGAACUACAGAGUGUGUGCCGUCCAUGCCCUCGUCUAUAAACUGCCAGAGAAGAACAAAGACAUGCUGGAUAUCUUGAUCAAGCACCUGCAGACGGUCUCCACUCACAGCCAGAAGAACCUGAUGACCGUGUCCAACUUGGGUGUGAUCUUCGGGCCGACGCUCAUGCGCUCCCAGGAGGAGACGGUUGCCGCCAUGAUGAACAUCAAGUUCCAGAACAUCGUCGUUGAGAUCCUCAUCGAAAACUACGAGAAGAUCUUCCAGCAGGCCCCGGACCCCAACGUGCCGCUGCCGCAGCCCCAGACCCGCUCUGGCUCCAGCUCUCGCCGCAGCCGGGCCAUCUGCCUCUCGUCCGGGCCCCGCAAGUCCAGGGGCUACUACCCAACCACCCUCUGCCUGGCCGAUGCAGACAGUCAGUGCGACACGUUCAGCAGCAGCCCCAGCAGCACCCCUCAUGGCAGCCUGGAGUCCCUGUCCUCCCACUCCUCCGAGCAGAACAGCCACUCCAAGGCCGGCUCGCCCUCUCACUCCCACACCCACUCCCACUCCCACUCCAAGGGCUCCUCCUCCAAGCAUCACUCUGGCGCCCUCUGCUGGAGCCAUUCGUCAUCGCAGGCCUCCUCUUCCUCGCACUCUAAUGGACCCAAAAGCCCUCCAGCUGCAUCCUCAGGAUCUGCAGCUGGCACUGCCACCACCGCACGAGGGUGCACCAGCAGCCCAGACUCCAGCUCCAAGGAGGAUGCUGGGGGGAAGACGGAUGACGGGGAGGCGGAGGAUGGGUUGAGCGUGUCGUCCCUGACCCCGGUGGUGGGGCGGAGGUCGCCGACGCCAGAGGUGCCGAUGAGGGUGAAGGGGAUCGCGGGAGGGGGAGGAGGAGGGGAGCAGCAGCAGAAGGCUGGCCAUCGGAGCCUGUCGGCGUCGUCCUCUCUCACGUCCCUUCACAUAUCAGAGGGUUGCAGGAGCCUCCAUGGCUCCGUGGUGAGCCUGGCGUCCAAGAGGGAGAGCCUGAAGAGUGUUCCACUGCCCGACCUGCCCCCUAAACGGGUGGAGCACAAGCGGACAGACUCGGGCACCAACGGAUACCAGAGACCGCUGUGUGGAUCACGAGUGGGCUCAAAAACCUCGCUUUUCGACAACCCUGCUGAAACCAAACCCACCUCGGUUGGAAGACAUGCAAAGGCCCUGUACUCCUGCAUGGCAGAGCACAGUCAUGAGCUCAGCUUCCCCCAGGGGGCGAUAUUCUCCAAUGUGCACCCCUCAGUUGAACCUGGUUGGCUACAAGCAACAUAUGAAGGAAAGACUGGACUAAUCCCAGACAAUUAUGUAGAGUUCUUGUAAGGAACAAACAUUAACAUGAUGUUCCCAUGGUAUCCAUGGUACGAGUCUUUUGUGUUAAAUAUAGUGAAAUGUUUAACAUUUGUGCAUAGUUUUGUACAUAGUACUGAUGACGUAUUUUUUCCCACACUCAGUGUUAUUUUGCAUUGCAGGUACAUGUGAAUGAAACUGAGUCACCAAUAUUACACAAAUUGUCUAAAAUAUAUUGACAUUGUCUUUUAGAAUACCUUUAAUAAGCCUUACAUAAUGACGAAUGACAUUUUUUAUUCCAGAUGGUACAUUGUCACAGGUUUACUGAAGACUUCACUAUUUCCUUGAACACUUAACUUUCAUACUACACUUCAUUUGAGCCAGUAAUACUAUUCCAUGGUGUCUCACCAGUUCUGCCUUAUAUACAAAUUAAUAUACAAUUGAGAUUGUGUUAUGUAAUUCUUUUUUUAAACAAAGAGCAAAGUAGUCCUCCAUUUCAAUAACAUUCUAAAGAGAUUUUUUUAUAUAAUUUAAUGUUAUUCAGGUUAGUCAGUAUUAUUAAACCAAUCACACUGCUGAUGGGGUAGCAUCGUAUUGUAGUGGCAUUGCACAGUGUUAUCAUGAAUAACAUGGGUACACGUUAAACUCUGUAAAGGCUCUGACAGCUUAGGUACUGUAAUGAUUUGCUCACCUCCAGGCGUACGCAGAGGUGUCAAUCCCUCUUUCUGGAUUUUUCUGAUUGUAUUGUUUCCCCCUGUGCACUGAAAAGGACACACUGCAACUUUUUCUGGGCCAUUGAUAAAUUUUUUGACAGACGUUUAAAUGCGAUGAGGCAAGAUUUUCAAGUUAAUUGAUCGGCUUCAUGCAUUAGCCGAUGCUUUCACUGAGUCAUUAAUAGGUGAGCGACGACUCUCCCAAACACGUUCACGGCCUGUGGGCUUAAAACUGCACUUGCAAAAUUUGACGACUGACGAACCAAACUCUAUAGCAAAUCAAACUUGCCAUAGGAUAACUUGACUUCACGUACUGCAGUAGCCAUAAUUGUGUUUGUUUGGCCCAGUGGAACUCAUGCUCGUUAAAAAUGGCGAGACAGCCAUCUUGGCAGACACCUCAAGAACUGUUUAUCGCAAUUUUAAAUGACACAUUACAAGGCGAAUGAAGACUGUCCCCCGCAGUCUGUGGACAGUGUGAACAGUCUGUGGACUUGUAAGGGGAGCUCUAUCUUACAAAGUUAAUAACAAAAAAGCCACUAAAAGUUGCAUAGUGUUUAUCCAAGGUGAUUAUCUAGCUAGCUAAUCUACUGAUCUGAUGACUUCUGUGCUCAUCAGGAUCAGCUGGUUCAGGAAAUGGAUGGAUUAGAUCAGGGGUGUCAAACUCAGGCCCGGGGACCAAAUCUGGCCCGUGGAGUAUUUUAUUUGGCCCGUGAGAUCAUUCCAUUUGGCCCGCGAGAUCAUUCCAAAUCCAUAUUACAGUUGGCCCAUAUGCAUUACUGUAUUCAUAGCGUAGCAAGACUUGAACAUGAAAUUUGGCAUCUCACAGGAAUAGUGGGACCAGAGGCCAUUGAAACAACUCACACUCAUAGUCAUAUGUAAGCACAAUAUGUGGCACAUUUGAACCACCAUAUACAUGGGUUUCCUAUUUGUAAACAAUCCUCUCUGCGUGCACAGCCAGGGGUCCCUCUUCAACCUCUGAUUGUUGGAAUUUGCUGUCACUCAAUAAAUGCACUCACGUGGUUGGCUGCUUAGCAUCUUGCCCCUUCUCACAUUGCAAAUGUUUGUAAAUGGGAAACCUAUCUGUUGUAUCAUGGGAAAGAGUGUGUGUGAAAUUUAACUAUGAGUAUUUAGCCCAUGCACAAACAACUUUUAGUUAAUUUUCUUGAAUAAAUAUUGAGUUUGGCCCAUAACUUUACUCCAGAUUUUAAUUUUGCCCCUCAGUCAAAUGUGAGUUUGACAGCCCUGGAUUAGAUUCUUGAUGGGGAGUUUCCUACCUGAGGUUGGGAUUGGCACUUCUGGAUGUACGCAUGUCAUUGUUGAUUUGUAAUGUAAAUCUACGAUGUGCUCACUGAAAUCAAAGUAGCUGAUGUACAUGUAGUUUUUUCUACUGUAUUUUUUUCUGACACUGGUCUAUCAUUGUAUGCAUUGUAUUAUUUAAAAUGACUUACAAUUGUAAUAAAUAACUUCAGUGCCUUAAAAGUCCAGAGGAAAGGCGGGACGUCAUCAUUUGUAGACAGAAUAGCACACGGACUUCCGUUGUUAUCGCCUGUAUUGUGUACAUUAACUCAAAAUAAAUGGA